CGAUAGUCAGUUGUUUCUAAUUUUGUGAUUGUUAGGUCAAGGGAAAAGAUUGAAGUCAAUGAUGGAAAUAAUGAAGUUGACAAAUGUUCUGACAUUUGUUUUGGUGGUGGUAGUUGUUAAUUAUUCCGGCGUGUGUCAAGCACGGGCGUCUCCGCCGGCACCGGUCACGGAAGAGGCACUGCAUAAAGUAGCUGCUAAGCUAAAAAUGUUCGUGGAAGAGCUGCCCCAAAUGCCGAAGAUCCGCGGAUAUGAGAAGGACGCAAAUGGUGUUCUCAAGCCGGUGAAUCUUAAGAUUGGCAUGUACCAGAAGAAAUGGAAGUUCCAUCCAGACUUGCCAGCCACGACAGUAUUUGCCUACGGAACAUCUGAAUCGUCCGCUACAGUCCCCGGUCCCACUAUCGAAGCAAUCAGAGGCGUCCCUUUAUCAGUCACUUGGGAAAAUCACCUCCCAAAAUCCCAUUUCCUUCCCUACGAUCCCACAAUCCCCACUGCCAUACCUAAACACGGCGGCGUCCCCACCGUCGUCCAUCUUCACGGCGGGAUCCAACCGCCUCAAUUUGACGGUAGCGCUCUCGCGUGGUUUACAUCGAAUUACACCGAAACGGGCCCGCACUGGACCCAGCCAACCUACAACUACCCUAACGUGCAACACGGUGGUAACUUAUGGUACCAUGAUCACGCGCUAGGAUUGACCCGAGUCAAUCUUUUAGCGGGUUUAAUUGGUGCCUAUAUGCUCAAAGAUAUCCCUCUUGAAUCGAAACUGAAUCUUCCACAAGAUGAAUUCGAUAUCCACCUCAUGAUCUUUGAUCGGAGUUUCCGAACCGAUGGAUCACUUUACAUGAACUCCACCGGAAAUAAUCCGACCAUUCAUCCGCAAUGGCAGCCGGAGUAUUUCGGAGAUGCGAUUAUAGUGAAUGGCAAGGCUUGGCCUUACUUGAAAGUCAAACCUAGGAAAUAUAGGUUUCGCAUAAUCAACGCUUCCAAUGCUCGGUUCUACCGUUUGGCGUUGACUAAACACUUGUCAUUCAUCCAGGUGGGAUCAGACGCAUCGUACUUACCUACUCCAAUCUACACCCGGCAUAUCCUAUUGGCUCCUUCCGAGAUUGCUGACGUCAUCGUUGACUUUUCCAAGUUGAAGAUCGGCGACGAGUGUUUGUUGACAAAUGAUGCAAAAUACCCUUACCCAACUGGAGAUAAGGUGGAUGAAUUGAAUAGUAAGAUCUUGAAAUUCAAGAUCGAAUCGGACUAUCAUGAUCAUGAAGAGGAUUAUUCGCAGGUCCCGAAAAAGCUAGCCUCGUAUCCGAAGGCUAGUACACAAGAGGCUACAAAAUUAAGAUACAUUUCCCUAGUCGAAUACGAAAGUGCUACAACGGAUGACCCGAUACGACUGUUGAUAAAUGGUAAGAAGUUUGGAGAACCGGCGACCGAAACGCCGAAAACCGGUAGCACGGAGGUUUGGGAGGUGAUAAAUUUAACUGAAGAUAAUCAUCCUUUUCAUAUUCAUCUAGGGAAAUUCCAGGCCAUCAAAAUCCAAAAAUUGAUCCAUCCUAAAGAAUUUACGGCGUGCAUGGUGAACAAGACAAAUUUCGACGCAGUUGCAUGCAACUUGGCCGGCCAUGCAAAGGGCAAGCUCUUUCCGGUGCCGGCGUACGAGAAGACGUGGAAAAAUGUGGUGAAAAUGAAGCCUGGAUACGUUACAACAAUAGUGGUGAAGUUUAAUUUGGUGGAGAACAAUGCUCCUUAUCCGUUUGAUGCCACAGCAGAACCUGGUUACGUCUACCAUUGCCAUAUUUUGGAUCACGAAGACAAUGUUAUGGUUCGGCCUCUGAAGUUGGUUGCGUGAUGCAUAAGUUAUGUUUUGACGGUGGUACAAAAUAUGAAUAUAUGAUCUCUUUGUCCCACUUUAAUAAUUCAUUUUAUUAAACUGAAACAAUAUCACAAACAAAGUUAUUAGAAUGCAACAAAUUAAAUUAAUGCAAUAUAAAGAAAUGGGAAGAACGGUAUGCAUGGAGCAAACCAUGGCUAUUGAGCGAAAAAGCCUAUAGCAGAUCGUAGAUGCGCUAUGUGUCUUAGAAAAGUAAUACUCUCUCGUCAUUAUUGUA